AUGGUCCCUGAGUCUUGCCUGGGAUCCUUCGGAGGGCCCGUCGCCCCUUACACGUCCCUGGGAGGCUUUCUGAAGGAGGGCGAGGUCAGCCUGCAGGAGGCGACCUACACCGAGGCGACGGCGCUCAUCGUCACGUUAUUCCUCGAGGCGGCGAGCAACGAGUCGGCUCUCGGCGCCGUCCUGGAGUGGGAGAAGACAUUCCUCACCUUCCUGCAGGAGAGAUCUGGCGACGAAGCCGUCAGCCUCAACAUGGACGUCGCCUUCACCGCCGAGCGAGGGGCCGAGGACGAGCACGUGAGGGCGAGCGAGGCCGACCUGCCCGUCUUCCUCGGCGCCUGCCUCGCCGUGGCCGCCUACGCCGCCCUCGGCCUCGGGGGGGUGUCUGCUCAGUGCAAGAGGCUCUUUAUUGACAGCAAACUGGGGCUGGCGCUCGGGGCGGCCGUCGCGAUGCUCGCCUCGGCCGCGGCCUCCGUCGCCUGCGUCAGCUACCUGGGCGUCGCGACCACCGCCUUCGUCGUCCAGCUCCCGAAGGCAUCCCAUGAUCGCAAACCCCCAAAGAAAAGGCACAACCCUGAGUGCCACCCAGAGGCUCACCCCGGGCGCGCCUUCCCCGACAGGUGCUCCCAAACCAAUCCCCCAUUACGUCAUCCUCCACCAGCUGGUCGCUCCUGGGGCGUCGGCUUCAUAACCUCCUUCGGCCACCACGUCGCCUUCGCCCUCGUCCUCGGCUUCCUCCUCCAGAUGACCUGCUUCGUGGCUCUCCUCGCCCUCGACGCCCGCAGGAUCGAGUCACACACGUGGGACUUGUGUUGCAUCAUCCAAGGCGAGGCGUCUGCUGGGAGGAGGGAGUCGAACGUGUGUUACGUCAUCUUCCAUCAGCUGAUCGGUCCUUUCAUUUUUAAGGACCUGAUUCGCGUGGUCGUUCUUCUGCUGUUCACGGGGGCGUUCUUCGCGUCCGUGUCGUUCACGAACAGACUCGAGAUCGGCAUGGAGAGGAACGUGUCCGUGCCGGAGGAUUCCUUCUUGCACAAGUUCUACAAGCAACAAGACAACUUCCUCGCCGUGGGUCCUCCUGUCUACUUCACGAUGACUGAAGGCUACAACUUCACUGACUUCGACGAACAGAACCUGGUGUGUCAGUUCUCAGGUUGCAGGGAUGACUCGAUGUUGCAAGUGAUCUAUGCCUCGUCGAUGAAACCGGAGAUGACCUACUUGGCUACGGAAGCAACGUCUUGGAUUUCGCCAUACUUUGCCUGGCUUCGAGAUUUUACGGGUAGUGGCUUUGCAAUUGGCGCGUGUUGCAGACUGGACGCCGACGGUAACUUUAUCAACACCUCAGACGCCAUUUCCAUGGAAGCCGUGGCGACGUGCCUCCAGCCGGACGACUUCAUCUCCAGCCGCCCGCGCCCGAGCCUGUUCAUGAGACACCUGGGCGAUUUCCUCUCCGAUAACCCCCACGACUCGAUGUGUCCCGUCGCUGGCCACGUCUCCUUCGGGGACUCCGUCGAGAUUCUCGAGGACCGCGCGGGAUACCCCUACGUCGGCGCCAACUACUUCGUGGCUUACAGCGCUCGCCUCGGGUCGUCGUGGGAUCGCACCUGCGCCCUCAGCUACGCGCAGAAGCUCGGCGAGAACUUGACGUGGUUCCUGCAGGAGAACAGCAAGUUCACGAAGGACGUCCAGGUGUUCCCCUACAGUUCCUUCUACGUGUACUACGAGCAGUACCUGACGAUGUGGACUGACACGGGCGUGAGUCUGGGCGUGUCCGUGGCCUCCGUGUUCGGCGUCAUGCUCCUGCUGACCUUCGACCUGACCUCCUCGGCCGUCGUCCUGCUCACCAUCGCCAUGAUCGUCGUCGACAUGAUGGGCAUGAUGUUCUGGUGGGGCAUCUCGCUCAACGCCGUCUCGCUCGUCAACCUGGUCAUGACGGUGGGCGUUUCCGUAGAGUUGUGCUGCCACAUCAGUUACUCCUGCGUCACUUCCCGUCAGUUCACCAAACUGACUCGCGCACAGGAGGCUCUGGCUACUGUGGGCUCCUCGGUAUUUUCAGGCAUCACCCUGGCAAUGGCGUGUGGCAUCGCUGUUCUAGGCUACGCGCAAUCGCAGCUAUUCAAGAUGAUUUGUCUCCCUAUGUUCACCGGGAUGCUGGUCAUAGGAGCAUCCCAUGGACUCAUCUUCCUGCCCGUUCUUCUCUCUCUCUGUGGUCCCAAGAUGAACAGAGUGCUUGCCAAUGAAAAGCAAAUGACGAAACACAAAGGGAAGAGCAAGAAUAAUAAAAAUGAAGGGAUGGCGACCGAGGAUAAAGGCGUCACAGAGGCAGAAGGGAGAGAAGAAGAUCUUGAGAAUGCUGCCGAAGAUGGGAAAUAAUGCGCAGCAUCUUGAAUAGGAGAGGCAGGUUCUGAAUCCAUCGCCAAUAUGGAGAGAUGCAUGAAAAAAGGAGUAUUUUUAUUGACCUCUUCUCAUACACCUACAUGUAAGGAUUACGCUUAUGAUAAGGAUAAAGCUGAUUAUGAUAUUGA